AAAAAACCAAACACCUGCCAGACUUUUUCCUCUGGUAUUUGGUGAAGAACGUUUGGUGCUGUGGCUGGCAUGUCUACAAUCUGAACCACUGGUGUAGAUGUCCUUUGGGAUUCCCGGUUUAUUUUAGCAUGGCUGAGCUCUCGCUGCACAGAAUCCUUCUUCUGGUUAUUUCUCUGGCAAAGUGUCUGGAAGGCACCAAACUUCUGUCACACCUUAAAAAAUGUGGUGACCUGGAAUGUACAACUUUACUCAGCAGAGUCUUAGCCAUGAAAGAUUUCACAGGACCUGAUUGCCGAUACCUGAACUUCACUGAGGGAGAAGAAAUAUCUGUUUAUAUUAAACUUUCGGGAGAGAGAGAAGAUUUGUGGGCAGGAAGUAAAGGAAAAGACUUUGGAUUUUUCCCCAGAGAUGCAGUCCAGGAACAAGAGGUGUUCAUACAUGAAGAAGUUGAAAUAUCAGCUAAAGAAUCUGACUUUCUUUGUCUUCAUGGAGAGAGCUAUAUAUUUGAAAGUGAAGAUAGUGAGUUAAACAGCGGCAAUGGUGAAAACAUGUAUUCAUAUGAAGAAGAUGGAGACCAAUAUAGUACAUUUGCAAGUGAUUUUCUAAGGCAGUCUGGAUUUUAUGAAACUUCUGCAAGUACUGUACUUCCAGACCAAUUUGUAGCAUCAGAGGCUCCUGAAAAAUCCCAAGUGCCAGAGAGCCAAGAGAUUGGGAAGAAGUGGCAGCUGGAAGGGGCAGGACCAGAUUGCAGAAGUGGAAGGACGAGACAGUUUGGACUGGGAGAAGAACAAAUUGAAGACAAGGCUUUUGAACCAGUUAUUGAAUCUGUACAUGAAAACUCUUUUCAAAGUAGAAAAUUAGCAGUGGAAGAUGGAAACGCUGAGGAAUCACACAAUGCUGAGUCCCAAACAGAACAUGCCUCAGAACCUGAAUCUGAAUUGGAGUCAGAGCCACCCCAUCUUGUUUCAGUGACACAGGAAGACUCAGAACAAGCUGCAGAGCUAGAGCACACUCUCAAAUCUCAAGCCACUGGCUGGUUUGGUGGUGGAUUUACAAGUUAUUUAGGUUUUGGAGAGGAGAGUACAGAACUUGAGUUAUUGUCCAAAGAAAGCCAUCCACUACUCCAAGAUAUUCCUGAUGCUAAAUCAUCAGAGGAAGAUGCCACUGUUCCAUGGACAGAAAUAACAACAGAGAAAGAGGACACAAUCAUGAACGACAGCUCCGCUCAAAAGUCAAGUUGGUUUGAUUUUGGUUUUGGCAUGCUAGGCUUUGUAUAUGCUGAUGAAGAGAAAAUGAUAACAGAUGAUGGACAAAACAGUGAUAGUGGGCUAGAUAAACACAAACAUCCUCCAGCCAGUGAUUUUGAGCCUGAAAAAGAACAGGAAAUAAACAUAAUCAAAAUGAUGGAAGCAGAAGAUCAAAUAGACAAGGAAGGAGUCAUAGAGGAAACAGAUGAUUCUGAUGCCACACUAUAUUUGAAGAAAAUCUUAUAUAAUUUUGAUAACCCCUAGGUUCAGAACACUCCAGAGGAAGCAGAAUUGCCAUAUUCGAAUCAGAUACUGGAUAAAAAUAAUAAAGGUGAAAAUGAUGGAAUGCAAGAGUCUUCAAUUGAAAUUCAUGCCACAGAUGACAUGGAAGAAUCCAUGCUACUGAGAAGCGGUCAUCGUUGGUCAGGAUCUCUGAGAAAAAUAAAGGGAUGCCCAUAUAAAGCAAGUAUUUUCACAAAGACAUUUCCAUCUAUCUAUCUAUCUAUUUAUAUUUAUUUAUUUAUUAUCUCUGAAAUAGACUUACCCGAGAGAAUACCUGAAAAAACACAUGGCCAAACCUCAUCUUGUAAAAAUGCUGAACAACUAACAUCAUUGGGAGACCUUGAAGGGUCCGAGCAGUGGGAAACAGAUACAUCUGUGGAAAACUUUAUCCAAAGCAGCCAGGUGGCUUCCCUUGAUAAUGCUUUAUCUUUGCAAAACCACAUUCUCCAGAAAGAUGAUGUUACAGGGUUUUGGAUUCUGAAGUACUUAUUUCAAAUUGACAUUUACAAUUUCAUGAAUUCUGCAUUUUCAUCAGUUAUCAUGUUGCUAGAAAGGGUUGUGGCAGCAUUGCCUGAAGAUAUGAGACCAGGCCCAAACCCCUAUGGCUUCCCAUGGGAGUUGGUCAUCUGUGUAGCUUUCGGUGGGCUUUUUGCUGCUGCCUUGUUUUUAUGGCGAAGUUUUCGAUCGGUUAGAAGUCGGCUUUAUAUAGGAAGAGAAAAAAAGCUUGCCCUAGAGCUUUCUGGACUAAUUGAAGAAAAAUGUAAACUUCUUGAAAACUUUAGGAUUGUUCAGAAAGAGUAUGAAGGCUUAGAGUCAUCUUUAAAGGAUCCCAACUUUGAGAAGGACUCAGCAGAAGCACAAAGUUUGGAGUUUGACCAAGAAUCACAAAUGUCAGAGACAGCAGAUAUUUCAACAAGAAUACAGUCUCUAGAAGAGGAAUCAAAUUUGCUCAAGUCACAAGUAGCUGAAGCCAAAACAACCUUCAGAAUAUUUCAAAUCAAUGAAGAACGACUUAAAGGAACAAUAAAAGAUGCUUUGAAUGAAAAUUCCCAACUUCAGGAAAGCCAGGAACAGCUUUUACAAGAAAUUGAAGUAUGGAAAGAACAAGUGAGUGAACUUAAUAAACAGAAGAUAACAUUUGAGGACUCCAAAGUACAGGCAGAACAAGUUCUGAAUGAUAAAGAAAACCACAUCAAGUCUUUGACCGAGCGCUUGCUAAAGAUGAAAGAUUGGGCUGCUGUGCUUGGAGAAGACAUAACCGAUGAUGGUAACUGUGAUUUGGAAAUAAAGAAUGAAUCGGAAAGUGUUGCUCACUUAGAUAAUCCACCAAAAGGAGCCUUGAAGAACCUGAUUUACGCUGCUAAGUUAAAUGCUUCUUUAAAAACCUUAGAAGGAGAAAGAAACCAAAUUUACAUUCAGUUAUCUGAAGCAGAUAAAACAAAGGAAGAUCUUACAGAGCAUAUUAAAAGUCUUCAGGAUGAACAAGUUUCUUUGCAGUCAGAAAAUACUGAGUUUGAAAGUGAGAACCAGAAGCUUCAGCAGAAACUUAAAGUUAUGACUGAACUGUAUCAAGAAAAUGAAAUGAAACUUCACAGGAAAUUAACAGUAGAGGAAAAUUCACGGCUAGAGAAAGAGGAGAAACUUUCCAAAGUAGAUGAAAAAAUCAGCUAUGCUGCCGAAGAGCUGGAAAACUACAGAAAGCGAGCCAAAGACCUUGAAGAAGAAUUGGAGAGAACCAUUCAUUCUUAUCAAGGACAGAUUAUUUCCCAUGAGAAAAAAGCACAUGAUAAUUGGUUGGCAGCUCGGACUGCUGAAAGAAACCUCAAUGACUUAAGGAAAGAAAAUGCAUACAACAGACAAAAAUUAACUGAAACAGAGUUUAAACUUGAACUUUUAGAGAAAGAUCCUUAUGCACUUGACGUUCCAAAUACAGCAUUUGGCAGAGAGCAUUCCCCAUAUGGUCCCUCACCAUUGGGCCGACCUUCAUCUGAAACGAGAGCUUUUCUCUCCCCUCCAACUUUGUUGGAGGGUCCACUCAGGCUCUCACCUUUGCUUCCAGGGGGAGGAGGAAGAGGCUCAAGAGCCCCAGUGAAUCCUUUGGACCAUCUGACUGGCAAUGAAAGAGGAGAAUCAGGCUACGACAGGUUGUCAGGUUCUCACAGAGCACCUUCUGACACGGGGUCCUUGUCCCCUCCCUGGGAACAAGACCGCAGGAUGAUGUUCCCUCCAUCAGGCCAACCAUAUCCUGACGCAGUGCUUCCUCUACAAAGGCCAGACAGAUUUUAUUCUAAUUCUGGUAGAUUAUCUGGACCAGCAGAACUUAGAAGUUUUAAUAUGCCUUCUUUGGAUAAAGUGGAUGGGCCAUUGUCUUCAGAAAUGGAAUCCAGAGGAAAUGAUAUCAAAGACGAUGUUGGUAGUCCAGAGGCGCUUGACUCCUCCCUGGCCCAGAGCGAGGCCCCAGGCCCGGGCUUCGCCCCUCCGCCGCUCCCUCCUGGCCGAGCACCCCAGUUUCCAGUGGACCCCCGGAGCCAGUUCUUGAGAAGGGCGCCCCCGUUCCCUCCGCCUCCUCUCGGCGCCCUGUUCGCAGCUCCGCGGGACUACUUCCCAGCUAGGGGCUUCCCGGGCCCGCCACCGCCGCCCUUCCCAAUGAGAAAUGUCUACCCACCGAGGGCCUUUCCCCCGUACCUUCCCCCGCGAGCUGGCUUGCUUCCCCCGGCCCCACGUCCCGACGGCAGCAGCCAGUUCCCCUCAGGGCUGCCUCCGGCCAGCGAGCCUGCCGCAGAGCCCCCCAAAGCCCAGCAAGAAACCUGACGGCGCCAGCACUCGCUCCUCGCCUCUCGCCCGGCUCGUCUUCAGUUUAAGUAACUGCUGUUACUUAAGUGAUUAUACUUCUGCUCAAAUUGAAGCUCAAUGGAAUAAGAAGUCUCAGGAUAGUACUUUGUAAAUAAAGAUGAUUUAACUAUGA